AUGUCUGCGAUAACAACGGAAGGAGCUACCAUAUCGCAGACGUUGAUCAUUGAUACAAUAAUGCCAUAUUCUCCAUCACAAAAGCCGAUCGUUGCAGUGAAUUAUAAUUUUCCGGGUCCAUCAAUUGAAGCGUAUGAAAACGACACUCUGGUCAUUCGUGUAAUCAAUAAACUUGCACAACCGACAACUGUUCACUGGCAUGGAAUUUUUCAAAUCGGUACACCAGAUAUGGAUGGUGCGGUAGGUGCUACGCAAUGUGCCAUUCCUUCUUCUGGUGAAAUGACAUACAGAUUCAGAGCUUAUCCUGCAGGCACUGCAUGGUACCAUGGCCACUAUUUAGAUCAAUAUGCAGACGGUCUUAUUGGCCCGUUGAUUAUUCGUCGACGAGUAGAGCCAAAUCAAGAACAAUAUGAUACUGAACGUGUACUGACUGUAUCUGAUUGGUACAAUGAUGUUGCACGAACAAAGUUAUUAUCUUGGUAUUUAAGCAAAAAUAAUACAAAAGGUAUUGAGCCCAUACCUGAUGCUAUCGUUGUAAAUGGUAAAUUUUCUCAAUCGUUGUUCGUGAAGACGUCUGGUGCAACACGUAUCCGUUUUAGAAUCAUUAAUGCUGCAGCAUUUUCCAUGUAUACUGUUUCAAUCGAUGGAUUACCAUUACAUAUUAUUGAACUUGAUCAAACACCUGUAGUGCCAUAUACAGUGUCUUCCUUUAUGAUAAACGCUGCUCAACGAGUUUCUUUCUAUGUGAAUCUCAAUGAAUUUGAUCAAAAUUUUGUACCCCCUGAUGUUCCACCAACAAAAUCAAUUUAUAUUCGAUUUAAAAGCUGA